AGCUCGUCCCUUACCUCCCCAACCUUCCGGCCCCUCAUGGCUGAACGCGUGAACUCGAACAUGCUGUUCGCCAAUUUCAACCAGGACUUUACAUGCAUCUCCGUCGGGACGCGGAAAGGCUACAGCAUCACGAACGUGGACCCAUUUGGCCGUGUAUACACCAAGAAUGACGGAGCGAGGGGGAUAGUGGAGAUGUUGUUCUGCACGUCGCUGCUUGCGCUCGUCGGUGCGGCAGACCAUCCACAGUCUAGUCCUCGUAAACUGCAGAUCGUGAACACGAAGCGGCAAUCCAUGAUAUGCGAACUGCUCUUCCCCUCCUCCAUCCUUUCCGUCAAGAUGAACCGCAAGACGCUCGUCAUCGUCCUCGAAGUAGAGAUCUACAUUUACGACAUCUCGAAUAUGCGGCUUAUGCACGUUAUAGAGACGACCCCGAACCCAGACGCCAUCAUCGCGCUCUCCCCAUCCUCCGACAACUCCUACCUCGCAUACCCUUCGCCCGUCCCCUCACCCACGUCGCCCCUCGCGCAGCCGUCCGCGCAGCCCGCGUCGCCUACGCCCCCGGGCCAGCAGACCGGCGACGUGCUCCUGUUCUCGACGCGCUCGCUGACGGUCGCGAACGUCAUCCAGGCGCACAAGUCGCCCAUCUCCUUCCUCGCGAUCAACUCGACCGGCACACUGCUCGCGACCGCGUCCGACAAGGGCACCGUCAUCCGCGUGUGGAGCAUACCCGGCGCGGAGAAGCUCUACCAGUUCCGCAGGGGCACGCGCGAGACGAGGAUACACUCCAUGAGCUUCAACCUCGUGUCGACGCUGCUCGCAGUCAGCUCCGCACACGACACAGUGCACAUCUUCAAGCUCGGCCAGCAGAAGGGCGCUCCGGGCAGUCUGAAGACGCCGUCCAGUCCAUCGGAGUCGGUGGAUAGUCGGGAGGGGCAGCUGGAUGGAGGCUAUGAUGCGUACGUCGAUAAGAAAAGGAACGGGGGUGUCUCGUCAAGCCUGCGUCGCGGGUCGGCACGGUUGACGAAGAACCUCACGUCCUCCGUCGGCGGCUACCUUCCAAACACCCUGACGGAGAUGUGGGAGCCAUCGCGGGACUUUGCGUUCCUGCGGCUACCCACGAGCGGCGCGCGGUGUGUCGUUGCUCUGAGCGGGACAAUGCCGCAAGUCAUGGUUAUCUCCUCAGAAGGCUAUUUCUACUCAUAUAGCAUCGAUCUGGAGAACGGCGGGGAUGCUCACUAAUGAAGCAAUACAAGUGCGCCUUCGAUCGUCAUCGCUCACACCAUCGACUGACUCGCCGUCUAGCCUUCUCGACUCCAAUGACGAGGCGAAUGAUUGAUCGGAUGUGGCUUAUUCUAAAGGAUGAGGAUGCCUUCUUACGAGGUGUUAUGUUGUUGGGAUCGUCCCGACUUGCGUAGUCCAUCUCGACAUGAGAGUCGGCUGCCGCGGUUUUCUGUCUGACACGAUCAUGAUAUGUCGGGUGUUCGGGACUGUGUACAGUAUGCUCUGGUUAGUUGUCGUGCGGUGUUCGCACGCGGUAUGCUAUGAUUUGUUUAUGUCGUUCCGGCUGGUGACGGGUUACAGUAAGCAUGAAGAUGAGUGAAGCCUGUGUAAUUGUGUAGUUAAUGAAUUCCGAUCGUUGAUACUCCGCCUCAUAGUUGAUCCCCCCGCAAUCUUACAUUACACAUUAUCAGGACAUGUUAUGCAUU